AUAAAGAGACUUUGAAACAUGAUCACAAACACACCUGACCGACCUCGACAAUGUACACAAAGACGCUAGUCCUCAUAUUCCUAGCUGUAUCAACAACAGCAGAUGGACGUUCAGCAAACAAGAAGCAGACUGAGAUCCGCUAUGACCCAACAUGGGAGUCUCUAGAUUCCAGGCCAUUACCAACAUGGUAUGAUGAAGCCAAAAUUGGAAUCUUUGUGUCAUGGGCACUGUUUUCAGUACCAAGUUUUGGAAGCGAGUGGUUUUGGGAACGAUGGAAAGAGGACAAAAAUCCAAUGUAUGUGCAGUACAUGAAGGAAAACUAUAGACCUGACUUCACCUAUGCUGACUUUGCAAGUGACUUCACGGCAGAGUUUUAUGAUGCUGAGGCUUGGGCUGAACUGUUUGCGGCUUCUGGAGCUAAAUAUAUUGUGUUUAUAACUAAACAUCAUGGAGGGUUUUGUAACUGGCCAACUAACGUCAGUUUCAACUGGAACUCAAUGAUGGUUGGCCCCAAGAGAGACCUUGUCGGUGAGAUGUCUCAAUCACUGAGAUCCAAGACAGAUCUGCGCCUCGGCCUGUACCAUUCCCUGUAUGAGUGGUUCCACCCACUCUUUCUACAGGACAAGGCCAAUAACUACACCACCAACAGGUUUGCUAAGGAAAAGACCAUGCCUGAGCUGUACGAGCUUGUGAACACCUACAAGCCGGACAUUGUGUGGUCCGAUGGAGACCCGCUGGCACCAGACACAUACUGGGGGUCCAAGGAGUUUCUGGCCUGGCUCUACAAUGACAGCCCAGUGAAGGAGAAGGUUGUCACCAAUGACAGAUGGGGAAAAGGGGACCAUUGUCACCAUGGGGGGUUCUUGACAUGUCAUGACAGAUACAAUCCAGGAGUACUUCAGCCAAGGAAGUGGGAGGAUGCAAUGACAAUUGACAAGAAAUCUUGGGGAUUUCGUCGAGAGGCUGUACUGGAAGAUUUUCUGACCAUGGAUGAGAUUAUAGCAGUGCUGGCUGAAACUGUCAGCUGUGGAGGGAACAUGCUGAUUAAUGUGGGGCCAACCAAAUAUGGCAUGAUCAGUCCAAUCUAUGAAGAGAGACUGCGACAGAUGGGAGAAUGGUUGAAGGUGAAUGGAGAGGCCAUCUACGCCUCCAAACCUUGGGUGGCUCAGAAUGACACAGUCACUCCAGGAGUUUGGUACACACAGAGAGCUGGGACGGUGUACGCCAUUGUCCUCAACUGGCCACAGCCAGGUCAACUCAUCCUUGGAUCAGCGUUGCCAAAAUCUGGUAUGAAAGUCAACCUCCUUGGCUACACUGAAGGCUCCUUCACCUGGCAGAAUGCUUCACCCAAAGGAAUCAGCAUCACAAUCCCUCCCAUCCCUGUCAACCAGAUGCCAUGUCAGUGGGCAUGGGUCUUCGCAAUGACAUAACUAGUUGAGAAUAGCACAGGUCUUUGCAAGGACAUAAGUAGUUGGCUUGUGCCUUCACAACGACAAUUGAUUGACAACGGAAUGACGACUACACAGAUAUGAAUGGUUGGCAAUUUAAUCGGAUGAACCUUCACCAGGGAGCCGGAUAUCCUUAACAAAGACACAUCAAUCAAGACAAAUCAAUGCUACCUUCACUGCAUACAACAAAAACAUUAUGAUCUCUAUAUCAGGUUGUUCAUGGAUACAUCACUGUAUAUGAUUUGCAUGUUUGUUCAAAAUAAUAUACAGAUCUUCAGAAACCUGCUUUGAUUACACUUCACAUGAUGGUACCGCGUGGUAUUUGGGACCUUUUUGUUAAGAAGUCUAUUUGUGCACGCGCGUAAUGCAAAUGACGGACAAACAAGUUGUUGUAUGUAAUUAUUAGUAAACUUACCUCUGGGUUGUGUUAGCCA